CAUAGUUGAAAGUGAAAGACCACAACUAAAACAUUGACUGGCCUCAAACUUGCCAAGCACGAACCCAAAACCCCACAAUGCCUCCGAGACGCAGAAACAAACCCAAUCCAAACAUCAACCGCCGAUCGGCCGUCAAGAAUUUGGAGCCUUCCUUGAAAGAAGAAGAAGAAGAAGGAGAGAAAGUGUCAACUCAUGAGAUUUUUACCAAAGGAACGCCAGUUGAGGUUAGCAGUGACGAAGAGGGUUUUAAUGGUGCUUGGUUUGCUGCAACUAUAGUGGAAGCUGUGGGGGAGGACAAGUUCCUUAUUGAAUACCAGAGUUUGAGGACUGAAGAUGAUUCAGCAUUUUUGAGAGAAGAGAUUGAUACGCUGCACAUACGACCUUGUCCACCCGAAACUGUUGUUGAUCAUUUCAGUUUGCUUCAAGAGGUUGAUGGAUAUUACAAUGAUGGUUGGUGGGUUGGUGUGAUCUCAAAGGUUCUUAGGGGCUCAAGAUACAUAGUCUACUUCAGGGGCACCUAUGAGGAAAUUGAAUUUCAGCACUCUGAGUUAAGGCUUCAUCAGGAUUGGAUUGGUGGCAAAUGGGUUAUGGCUUCUCAGGCUUUGCAUCUGUGAUUACUGGUUCAAAUGGAAAGGUUUCGUACGAGUACUUGUUAUGGUAGUGGAGGUUAAGUUACAAAACUAGCCCUUGUAAUCAAGAAGCAAUCUUGAACUUCUGAAUUUGGUAGACUCUUUUGUGGCUAGUGUCAAGUGUUAGUUGCAACUUUCUUUUCAUUAUGAUACUUGAAUGCCCUUGAAUUGAUUGAACUUGAAUGGCUUCUGCGAUUUGGUACAAGGCAUUGGAUGGGGUGAUUUUGUGUUUGUUCAAGGUUGGCUUGGUUGAAUGAUCAGAAUCUAAUCCAAAGUUUCUGGUUUAUGCCUCUCAUGGCUUCUGGUUUUGGUCCAAAAUCCAAAGUUUGCAAGAAAUCUGCUUGAGAA